AUGAAAGAGAUAAAGGCAGCAACGGCUAAGCCAACAUUCGUCCAGUUCAAUCAGCACAAUGGAAAUGCAAUUGGAGCAAUACAUAGGUUAAGGGCUGGAUUUAAUUACUGCGACUCGAAUGCUAAACUGAGACACCUGGCAUUGGAUGACAGGUGUAACGAGUGUGGGGUAGAAGAAACUGAAGCACACGUAAUGACGGAGUGUGUGAAGUAUGAUAGACUCAGACAGAUACUACAAAAACAGCUCAUGGAUGUAGGAGUCGAAUGACAGGAAAUGGACUGACUGCAAGUAGUGCUCUACGGAGCAAGAUACGAAACACAGGUGGCGCGACUUAUUGCAAUGGGAGAAUUGUCGAAGGUAAGGAAAGCAGAUGCAGCAAUUAAGAAGUUUCAUGUGGAGAUUUUAAAAGAUAGGUCUUGAUGCUACCUAGAGGAGAAUGCAACCAGAUACCUGAAGCAACAACCAAAACAAGCUAAAAUUACAGAUUGAUUGUUUAAAAGCUCAUAA